CCUGGGAUGGUGCGGUCUAUAAUAUUAAUUUUUUUCCUUACUGCCAUGGAAGCUCAAGCAGGUGCUCUUGAUGUCGUAGCUAAGUUUGGCGCAAAGACUGACUUGAAUACAGGUUAUAGUAAGCCAUUGUUGGAUGCUUGGAAAGAAGCUUGUGGGUCAACGACUCCAUCAACAAUUGUGAUUCCUAAAGGGACAUAUUUGUUAAGUCAAGCAACGUUGGAAGGUCCUUGCAAGGCUCCUAUUGAGCUUCAAGUUCAGGGCAAUGUAAAAGCACCAGCCGAUCCUAAAGCUUUCAUGGAGCCUAAAUGGGUAGCUUCCUUCAUGUUGAAAACUUCAAAUUGUUUGGUGGAGGAGCUUUCGAUGGACAAUGAACCACUGCUUAUAAGAGAGAAGGUUGCGAAAAACACGACUUCUGUAGUAACCUCCCCAUCGUAACGUAAGGUUUGAUUAUUUAACAAAUGCAAUGAUACAAGAUAUAACUAUAAGAGAUAGUAAACAAUUCCACGUUAAUGUUUUGGGAUG